AUGUUUUAUCAUUUGUCUUACUAUCAAAAACCUGUUAGAUUUUUACAAUGUGUUAUUCGACGAUUAUCAAGUUCGAACAAAGAUCAACAAGCAAAAUGGUAUAAAAAUGGAUUACAUCGAUCAUUAUUACCAAAUACUAAUAAUUUUGAAAAACGUAAUAUUUUUCUUAUGGGACCACCAGGUUGUGGAAAAACAAGUGUUGGACGUGAAUUAGCUCGUUUAACAAAUAAAUCCCUUAUUGAUAUUGAUGAUAAUUGGCUUGAACCACGAUGGAAAACAAGUGUAGCAUCAAAAUUAACUGAACUUGGUGAUGAAAAAUUUCUUGAAGCUGAAGGUCAAGAAUUACUAGCAUUAGAUCAUGAAAAUCAUAUUAUAUCAUUAACUGGUUCAAAUCCAUUACACACUCAAUCAAUGGAAUAUCUUUCAAAACGUGGUAUUUUUGUAUAUUUAGAUGCAUCACGUGAAACAAUAUUAAAUCGUUGUGAAAUAAUGCGUGUCGAUCGUAUUGUUGGACAACGAACAAAUACUUUGAAUGAUAUUCUUAAUUGGCGUGAACAUAUUUAUGAAAAAUCUUAUGAUAUUAGAAUUAUUAUAGGUAAAGAUGAAACACCUAAAGAUAUAGCACAAAAAAUUAUCAAUCAACUUGAAAAACAAUCGAAAAUGUAUGAAAGUACUCGAAGUGGAGAUCAGCUGAAUAAUCAACAAUUUCUUAAUGUUGUUCAACAAGGACUUGCACCUGAUGGUGGACUUGUUGUUUCUCGUUCAUUCAGUCCAAUGUCUCUUGGUGAAUUACAACGUUUAGUUGGUUUAUCCUAUCCUGAAAUGGCUUUACGUAUUAUGGAACGAUUUCCACUUGGUACUCUUCAUCCAUCUCAUUUACGUUCUUUACUCUGGCAAGCUUAUUCAAGUUUUGAUGAUGGAAAAAUUUUACCAGUUCGUCAUCUUCGAAAAAAUCAAUAUUUAAUGGAAACAUUUCAUGGUCCAACAGCAUCAUUUAAAGAUUUAAGUCUUCAAUUAUUACCACAUUUAAUGCAAGCAGCAACAGAAUUAACUUCAAUCGAUGAACAUAAAAUAACUCGUUUAGGUUUACUUGUUGCUACAUCAGGCGAUACAGGUUGUGCAGCACUUGAUGCAUUUGCUCGAUUACCUGGUACACCUGUUAUUGUUCUUUAUCCAAAUACUGGUGUUUCCAUUGUACAAAAAGCACAAAUGCAAACUGCAUCAGGAGAUGUUUGUGUAUUAGGAAUUGAUGCUGAUUUUGAUUUUUGUCAAACAACAGUCAAAGAAAUUUUUAAUGAUAAACAAUUUCUAUCUGAUAUAAAUCAAAUUGUACCUGGUCUACAUCUUUCAUCAGCAAAUAGUAUUAAUUGGGCACGAUUUUUACCACAAAUUGUAUUUACUAUAAAUUCUUAUUUACAACUUGUUCAACAAGAUGUAAUUAAACUUGGUGAAUUAAUUGAUGUUUGUAUUCCAACAGGAAAUUUUGGUAAUAUGCUUGGUGCUUUCUAUGCUCGACAAUUAGGUUUACCUGUUCGACGUUUAAUAACAGCAUCGAAUGAAAAUAAUAUUAUUGCUGAUUUUAUUCGAACUGGUUCAUAUGAUUUACGUAAUCGAUCAUUUCAAAAAACAAUUAGUCCUAGUAUUGAUAUAUUAAUAAGUUCAAAUCUUGAACGUUUUCUUUAUUUAUUAACAAAUGGAAAUUAUUCAAAAGUUCAACAAUUAUUUAAUGAACUUGCAAAUGAUCGAUAUUUUAAAGUUGAUACGAAUUUAUUAAAACAAAUUCAAUCAGAAAUUCAAGGUGAUUGGACAACGGAAAAUGAAUGUAUUGAAAUGAUGAAAAAAGUUUAUUAUGAAACAAAACAAAUUAUUGAUCCACAUACAGCUGUUGGUGUACAUAUAGCAGAUAAAUUUUCAAAAUCAAAUGAUAUACCAAUACUUAUAUCAGCUACUGCUCAUUAUGGAAAAUUUCCUCAGUCGGUAUUAAAAGCAAUUGAUAAUAAUAAACAAUCAAUAUCAUCAAAUGAUAUAUCGAUAUUAUUGAAAGAUUUACAAUCAUUAAAAUCAACUACACCAAUGCAUCAUGAAUUAAUAAAAUUACCGAAGAAACCUGUUAUACAUACAAAUACCGUUGAAGCAAAAAAAUCGGCUAUUAUUAAAGAAAUUAAAACAUUUUUAGAAAAAUUUUCUAAACAACAUUUAUCGUAG